CAUCACACCAUCUUGAUCUUCAAAAUGGGUAAAUUCAUUGGGGCCCCAAAGGGCCAUGACCGUUACCGUGAUCCCGUCACUCAUCAAAUGACCCCUGCUCUUUACAGAGUCAGAAAACCAUACUUCUGGAAGAACAUGCUAGGUUUGGCAGUGUUUUCAGCCAUUCCACUCACGGUCUACUACUUCACAUUCAAGACCUUGAGUGAGGACGAGUUUUCUGACAUUCCUAUCCCACCUAUUGCCGAUGACGAGUUGGCCAAGUUAAAGAAGCAGUACGAGCAAAGUAGAUCUUGAGCCAGCAGUGCUGGCGAAAGAGCAGGCACGGUGCCGCAAG